GGACUACAACUCCCGGCGGGCCUCGCGACGGCUGGACUACGGCUCCUGGUAAACUAUCGCUCCUGGUGGACUGUCUGUGCCGUAACGAUGCUGGUGGCGGGGGCUGCCGAGCGGAACAAGGAGCCCAUCGUGCGUGUGCUGCGGCAGUAUGUGGACCCGACCCAGCGCGGCGUCCGCGUGCUUGAGGUGGCCUCGGGUUCCGGCCAGCACACGGCUCACUUCGCGCGGUCGUUCCCCCACGCCGAGUGGCAGCCUUCGGACGUGGACCAGCGCUGCCUGGACAGCAUCGCCGCCACUACUCAGGCCCAGGGGCUGCCCAACGUGAAGCCUCCGUUGUACCUGGACGUGAGCUGGGAUUGGAAGCAAUGGGGCGGGAUCCUGCCGCAGUCGCUGGACCUGCUGCUUUGCAUCAACAUGAUCCACAUCAGCCCUGUGAAAUGCACCGAGGGGCUCUUCAAAGCAGCAGGACACCUGGUCAAACCCAAGGCGCUGCUCAUCACCUAUGGGCCCUAUGCUGUCAAUGGGAAGAUCUCCCCUCAGAGCAAUGUGGACUUUGACCUGGCCCUCAGAUGCAGGAACCCUGAGUGGGGACUGCGCGACACAGCCUUCUUGGAAGACCUGGGCAAGGCUAACGGCCUGCUCCUGGAGAAGAUGGUGGACAUGCCAGCCAACAACAAGUGCCUGAUUUUCCGGAAAGAGUAACCCAUCCCCCCUUGGCUCUUUCUGGGACAAACCCUGACAGCCAGCCUCUGCCUCCCUGGGCCAGGCCAUGGGGACUGGCCCUGCCCAGUCUGGGGGCUCUUGGCCAGUGGCCACAGGGCUGCUGAGAGUCUGGGAAUAAAGUGUUUCCUGUUGUCCUUU